AUGAGUAUUGAAAAGCAAGAGGAACACGUCGUCCACAAGACCGCUGGUGGUAACGCUGCCUUCCACAACUUUAUCAAUGACUUCGCCCACAUCGAGGACCCUCUUGAAAGAAGACGUUUGGCCCUGCAAAAGAUUGACGAGGCCGCCUUUGGCUGGUACCACGUGCGUGCCAUCAUGGUCGCUGGUGUCGGGUUUUUGACCGACUCCUACGAUAUCUUUGCUAUCAACUUGGGUGUGUCCAUGUUGUCGUACGUCUUCUGGAAGGGUGACAUGCCCAACUCUACCAGUACCCUUCUGAAGGUCUCCACCUCUGUUGGUACUGUCAUUGGCCAGCUUGGUUUCGGUAUUAUGGCUGAUGUUGUCGGCCGUAAGAAGAUUUACGGUCUUGAACUGAUCAUUAUGAUUGCUGCCACCAUUCUGCAGUGUACCAUCGGUGCCGCUCCAGGUGUUAGCUUUGUCGCUGUCCUGACUUUCUACCGUAUCAUCAUGGGUAUUGGUAUUGGUGGUGACUACCCUCUAUCUUCUAUUAUCACUUCUGAGUUCUCGACCACCAAAUGGAGAGGUGCCAUGAUGGGUGCUGUCUUUGCCAACCAGGCUUUCGGCCAGAUCGCCGCUGGUAUCGUCGCUUUGAUUCUUGUCGCUGCUUACAAGAGCGAGCUUAUCGACGCUAACUCUGGCGCUGAGUGUGGUGCUGCUUGUAUCAAGGCUUGCGACCAGAUGUGGAGAAUUCUCGUUGGUUUGGGAUGUUUUCCCGGUUUGAUUGCUCUGUACUUCAGACUGACUAUCCCAGAAUCGCCACGUUACACUCUGGAUGUUGAGCACGGCAUUAACAAGGCUUCCGCCGACAUCGGUAAGUUCACUUCCGGCGAGCACGGAAACGCUGACCCUGAGGAAAUUGCCCGUCUCGAGAGAGCUCCAACCGCUGUCGAGCAAUUCGAAAUUGCACCACCAAAGGCUUCUUUCAAGGACUUCUGCAGACACUUCGGUAAGUGGAAGUACGGUAAGAUUCUGUUCGGUACUGCCUUCUCUUGGUUCACUGUGGAUGUUGCCUUCUACGGUUUGAACUUGAACUCCGCUACCAUUUUGCAAACUAUUGGUUACGCCUCUUCUAAGAACGUCUACCACAAGCUUUACAACUCCGCUGUCGGUAACUUGAUUCUGAUCUGUGCCGGUUCUCUGCCAGGUUACUGGGCCUCCGUUGCCACCAUGGACAUCAUUGGAAGAAAGCCUAUCCAACUCUUCGGCUUCUUCAUCCUAACUGUUUUGUUCUGUAUCAUCGGUUUUGCUUACCACAAGUUGAGUGACCACGGUCUAUUGGGUCUCUACAUUGUGUGUCAAUUCUUCCAACAAUUCGGUCCUAACGUUACCACCUUCAUUAUCCCAGGUGAAGUGUUCCCAACUAGAUACAGAUCUUCCGCUCACGGUAUCUCUGCCGCCUCCGGUAAAAUUGGUGCUAUCAUCGCUCAGACCGCUUUGGGUACGUUGAUCGACCACAACUGUGCGAGAGAUGGUAAGCCAAAGAACUGUUGGUUGCCACAUGUCAUGGAGAUCUUUGCUCUGUUCAUGCUGUGCGGUAUCUUCAGUACUUUGCUGAUCCCUGAGACCAAGAGAAAGACACUGGAGCAAAUCUGUGAGGAGUAUCACGAUGAGGUUGACCAAGGAAAGUACGCCUCUGGUUACUCUGGCGCUUCUAGUCACACUGAGACUGUUUAA